AUGCCUGACGGCGGACACGGGUCCGAAACUCGAGGCAGCACCAGUGGAGCCACGGAACCUGCUUCCGAUGAGAUCUCGGUCCGUCGAGAACGCGGCAAGCUUGCCCAACGAGCGUUUCGUCAGCGCCAGAUUGACAUGAUCCGCAUUCUCAAGGACGAGAAUGCGAAACUCAAAGAUGCCAUCUCAACCAUAAGCACGGCGGCGUACAGGAGCCAGAGGGAGCUCAAGGACGCCAUUACGGAAGCCUGCCGGAUCGCAGAGCUUAACCCCAGUGGCGCAGCCCAUGAAAGCUCACCGGCGCAACAGGCCGACGACGACUUUGAGCACGGCAGUGUGACAACACAAAGCCCUCGGCCGUCUUCUGCCCAGCCUCUCAGCAGCUCGUAUCCUCCGCUUGGCCAGGGCGCUUCGGCAUGGCCUGCGCCGCUCGAGCUGAGGUCGCCUCACAUUGACACUUCACAGCCUGGCCUGGGCAGCAACAGUCUGUAUGGAUUCGACCCUUCACACAACCAGGGCUACGUGAACAGCCACGCGGAUCUCUUCGCGCCGCCCGUGGCUCACAUGAAUGCGGCACCCAUCAAUGGGCUGCGCCCGGCGCAUGCGCCCAGCUUCUCAACUGUCUACUCGCAGGGUUACGCAGAGAUCCCUCCCAGGGGAAAGAGUCCUGACAUGAUGCCGUUUGACCAGUCGAUACAGCCGUAUCUGCCCUCUCGGAGCAGUCCACCGCGCCAAGAACACGCCACCGCGAUACUCCAGGCCCAGGCGCCCGAGGACAUCAUGCCAUAUCUUGGGCCCAGAGCCUAUACGAUCGCAGGUCAGGUAUACUGGGCCACGCUGGGCUACGCGUGGCAGGUACUGAGGACGCUCGACACGUCAUACCCUGCCCACUCCCCAGAGACGCUGGGCACAGUCUACAACCUCUUCCAUAUUGAUGCCACAAACCCCCAGUCCACGGCAGUUGUAAAGGAUCACCUGUACCGGCGCCUAGCCUUUCGCAAGCAGCGAGCCGCCUCGGUGCGACCAGGCGAGGCACCUUCACAACACCACCUCGCCAACCACGGCCAACAACACCAACAGCAUCCGCCCCGGGCCUGCUUCGAGAUCGAUCCAUGGGGAGCAGCAGCAGCUCUGCCAGCACCGCAUUUGACGGGAUGA